GGCUGUCAUAGCAAUUAGGCCUAAUACGCUCGCACGGACACUCCUUUUUACGAGGGGUCGCGAACGCCGCGCCGCUAUUUACAUUUCAGCCGUCGGCGCUGCCUUUUUGCUACAAUAUAAACGUAAAGUUAAUAUUUGAGUGCGCCUUCUUUUGCCAGCGGGCUCUGAAACCCCAGUUACUGUCGACAGUGACUCUUUGAGAGCAGGCUGGGCUCAGUUUGACGAAGCUCAAAAAAGUACGCGGGGAAGUUCCCUAGGAAAUCCCCCUAGAGUCUUCGGGGAUAUUACUCUCGACACCGAUGGGCCAAAUCUCUGACACAAUUCACACAGUCGGUCCGUUCCUGAAGACGCAGGCUCUCGGCGCAGCGGCGGUCGAUGCUGGAUUAUUAUUAAGACCCCUUUUGUCGUCGUAUCCACCGAGCGCGCAAUGGACAGCGUGAGCGUGAACGCGGAGAACGACGCGCCGAAGGACAGGACGCGCAGCUACAGCACGCUGAACACGCUGUACCACGAGACUCGGGUGGAAGUCGAGCUGCUCAACAAAGAGAUCUCAUUAAAGGACAAUAUUAUCACAGACUUAAAAGCGAGGCUGGGCAAGCACGAGCGGCUCUGUGUGAACGUGGGGGACAACGAGCCCGUGGUGGUCGGGCCGUCCAAGUCCCUGCUGGAGAGCCUGUGCAAAGAAAUCUGUAAGCUGAAGCAGAAGAGAAAGGACAUGGAGUUCAAGGCAGCGAGGCAGGAAGAGGAGGUCCAGAGGCUGAGCGUGCAGCUCCGGCAGAAGGACCUGGAGCUGGAGAGCCUGCGGUGUCAGCCGGAGCACGAGAAGGACCGGGAGGUCCAGCGGCUGCGCCUGGCGCUGGAGGAGAGGGAGCGGCGCGACGCCACCCGGGCCGUGCUGUGCGGCUCCCUGGCCGAGGAGGCGGACGGCCUGCGCAGCCAGCUGGGCGCCACGGCGCGGCUGUGCCACAAGCUGCUGGCGCGGCUGGAGACGGACGCGAGGGGGGCGGCGCCGGAGGAGGCGGCGCCGCAGCAGACGCCUCAGGCGGAGGAGUCCCCGGACCCGAGCGGCGUCCGCGGCCACGUCCGUCAGCUGCAGGCGGAGAACAAGCAGCUCAAGGAGCGCGUGGCGUAUGUGAGUGGGCUCCUCCGUCCGUCGCCGCGCUCCCCGUGCCCCCGAACGCAGCCUCUGACUGCGCCGCGUCUCCGCUUCCAGGUGCAGGGCCUGAACUCCCAGUGGCAGAAGUACGACUCCAGCCGCGAGGACUACAUCCGCGGCCUGUGCCACCGGCUGAAGGAGACGAGCGGCCUGGGCUCGGUCGGCGCCGGCCUGCUCCACCAGGAGAUCUCCAGGCUCAACGGCCUGCUGGAGGACAAGGUGGGGGAGUGCUCCAGGCUGGGCCGGGAGGCGGAGGAGGCCCGGAGGCGGCAGCAGGAGCGCAUCCAGACGCUGGAGCAGCAGGUGCUCAUCUACGCCGAGGACUUCAAGUCGGAGCGCGCCGACAGGGAGCGGGCGCAGGGUCACAUCGACGACCUCAAGGAGCAGGUGCAUCAGCUGAAGCAGCAGCUGCUCAAGCAGCAGGGGGCGGGUCGAGAGGCCAGGGAUUUGGUGCCCGUGUGCCGCGUACACAUAGGACACAGGAUCUCCCCCAAGCGGCACAAGGAGCCGCCGGAGCACAUGCUGAGGACUAACGCCGAGGCGCCGCAGCCGCCGGCGCCGGCGCCGGCGCCGCGGUCGCCUGGCACAGUGGUGGCGACGCCGAGCUUGGUCUGGGAGUGCCCCGUGUCGGAGCUGCAGUGUCCGUGGUGCCACGCCAAGUUCAGCGAGAGUGACGCUGUGGAGUACAUGAACCACUGCGAGGAGUGUGCCAAACUCUAAAGGUCCGCCGGCGACAGGCCGAGCGAACGCUCACGAGCAGCACUACAGGGCGGGAGAGGCCUCGCGCGGAGGCAGCGCUUUGGAAGCAGCCGAACGGCGGCGUUUUGCAGACGGCGAAGCAAAACCGUACCACCAGCAGUUCCCCUGUCGCAAGAGAUGUGACCUAAUGAAGCCCUUCUACUUCCGCAUAUUCAAAAAAAACAAACAAAAAACAAAGACGUUCAUUCUCUUCCUGUGACGGAGCGGGAGGUUGCUACGGUAGCGCGGUGGACGUCAAUGCAAUUAACCGAAUACAAUAUACCUCAAAGUGGCAGAUUACAAACGCGUUGCACUUUCAUUCAGCCAAAAACUGAUCAUUGUGAUUAACAGUCAUGAUGCAUAAGCUUCAGAUUUCUAGUUGAAAAUGUGGUGCUAUGAAAUGUUGUAAUUCAACGUCAUGUAUUUCUUUUCUAUAAAUUAUAUAUUCCUAAAAGAUUUUAGGUGUAGAAUUAUUCUAUUAGUAUUUAUUCUCUUUACCAACAGUAAAGCUUUAGUGCAAUGUUUAGCCCUUUGUCACAUUUUGUCAUAAGAAGCCUUUCUUUCCCAUUGCUAAGCUUUGGGGUCUCAUUUUUGUGUGUGCCAGUGGGACGGCUGCAUCCUGCGAUUGGGGGGAUCCGGUUUUGGGGAACACAAUAUUUUUGUAAUAAAAGAAUUGCCAACACUUUA